AGAGCCGUGAUCCAGCUCAGGAUGUGUGCAGCCCGGUUCGGCUGCACCAACGGCUGCUCAGAGGAGGCCCCCGGUCCAGUCCCGGCCUCCAGGACCCUGGACUGGGCCGAGGCCGGGCCCCGGGUCCUGCACAGCCUGGAGAUCGGGACCGUGAUGACCCUGUUCUACCAGAAGAAGUCCCAGAGACCCGAGAGGAGGACGGUCCAGGUCCGGCAGGACACCAGGCAGAUCGUGUGGAGCCGGAACCCGGAGAAACCCGAAGGAGAGGUUGACAUUCAGGAGAUCCGGGAGCUGCGGUUGGGGAAGGGCUCCCGUGACUUUGAGCGUUUCCCGGAGGAGGCUCGUAAACUGGACCCGGCCCACUGCUUCAUCGUGCUGUACGGCCUGGAGUUCCGCCUCCGGACCCUCAGUGUUGCAGCCUUCAGCAAGGAGGAGGUCAACAUGUGGCUCGCCGGGCUCACCUGGCUCAUGGCGGACACCCAGAGAGCGCCGGCUCCUCAGCAGAUCGACAGGUGGUUGAGGAAACAGUUUGAAGUCGUGGACCGGAGCCACGAGGGCAGCAUCACUCUGAAGGACGUCAAAGCUCUUCUUCCUCAGAUCAACUACCGAGUCCCCAACACGCGCUUUCUAAAAGACAAGCUGCAGGAGGUGGAGGCGAGGAGCGAGCUGUCGUACCCCAACUUCUCCCAGCUCUACAGGACGCUGAUGUUCGACUCGCAGAGGAGCAUUAUUGAGCAGCUGGAGCUCUCCUUUCCCCUGCGGAACGUAGACCGACCGGAGCUCUGUCAGAUCACCUUCUACGACUUCCAGAAGUUCCUGCAGAUGGACCAGAAGGAGUCCUGGGCGUCAGAUCUGAGUCGGGUCCGAGAGUUUCUGAUGGGCUACAUGAAGGGGGGGCCGCAGCCUGAGAUGAUGCUCCAGCUGGACGAGUUCCUGACCUUCCUGUUCUCCAAGGAGAACUCGGUGUCGGACCCGCGGUUUUCGCCCGUCGUUCCUGAAGACAUGAAGCGCCCGCUGUCCCAGUACUGGAUCUCCUCCUCACACAACACUUACCUGACAGGUGACCAGUUUUCCAGUGAAUCGUCUCUAGAAGCCUACGCCCGAUGUCUCAGGACGGGCUGCCGCUGCAUCGAACUGGACUGCUGGGACGGACCUGACGACCUGCCAAUCAUCUACCACGGCCACACUUUAACCUCCAAGAUCAAAUUCCUGGAUGUGCUGAACACCAUCAAAGAGCACGCCUUCGUCACGUCUGAGUAUCCUGUGAUCUUGUCCAUCGAGGACCACUGCAGCGUGGUCCAGCAGAGGAACAUGGCCACACACUUUAAGAAGGUGUUUGGAGAUCUGCUGCUCACCAAGCCGGUGGACAACAACGCCGACGAGCUUCCUUCACCCUACCAGCUGCGCAGGAAGAUCCUCAUCAAGCACAAGAAGCUGGUGGAAGGAACCGUGUACGAAGAGGUGACGUCCGCCAGCUACUCUGAGAACGACAUCAGCAACUCGCUGAAGAACGGCAUCCUGUACCUCGAGGACCCCAUCGACCACACAUGGACGCCGCAUUAUUUCGUCUUAACCAGCAAUAAGAUUUAUUACUCAGAGGAGACGUCUCGCUACCAGACGACUGACGAAGAGGAGGACGACGAAGGGAAAACGGUAGAGAUGACGCCGACCUCGAGUCACACGAGCUGUUUUAAUGAUCUAACUCUUCUUCGCCGGUCUGCCAGGAGUGCAACAACAACGAGCAGCACUGCGCGGAGCACUGGUUCCACGGGAAGCUGGGUGGGGGUCGGGAUGGGCGGCAGGUGGCGGAGAAGCUCCUGCAGGAGUACUGCGAGGGCGGGGGCAAAGACGGCACCUUUCUGGCGCUCUGGUCGGGUCCAGCACUGCAGGAUCCACUCCCGUCAGGACUCGGGCUCCACCCACUUCUACCUGACAGACAACCUGGUGUUCGAGAGCCUCUACCGGCUCAUCUGCCACUACAGAGAGAUGCCGCUGCGCUGCAACGAGUUCGAGAUGAGGCUCGGGAACCCGGUGCCGCAACCCAACGCGCACGAGAGCAGAGAGUGGUACCACUCCAAUCUGUCCCGCGUUCAGGCCGAACACAUGCUGAUGCGUGUUCCCAGAGACGGAGCCUUCCUGGUGCGGAAACGCAGCGAGCACAACUCCUACGCCAUCUCCUUCAGGGCGGAGGGCAAGAUCAAACACUGCCGCAUCCAGCAGGAGGGUCGUCUCUUCAUGUUGGGAAGUUCGGCGGAGUUCGAGAGUCUGGUGGACCUGGUGAGCUACUACGAGAAGCAUCCUCUGUACCGUAAGAUGAAGCUCCGAUACCCGAUUAAUGAAGACACUCUGGACCGGAUGGGCACCACGGAGCUGGACUACGGAGCGCUGUACGAAGUCCGCACCCCUCACUUCUACGUGGAGGCCAACAAGAUGCCGACAGCGCGGUGCACGGUCAAAGCUUUGUACGACUACCGAGCUCAGAGGGAGGACGAGCUUUGUUUCCCCAAACAAGCGCUCAUCACCAACGUGGACAAACAGGAGGGGGGCUGGUGGCGAGGCGACUACGGAGGAAAGAAGCAGCUGUGGUUUCCUGCUAACUACGUGGAGGAGGUGCCCAGCUCCCCCACCAGAGAACUGGACGAGGAGUCAACAGAAAACAGUCCUCUGGGGACUUUGCUCAAGGGCUUCAUCGACGUCCCCACCUGCCACGUUGUGGUGCACAAAGACGGGAAGAACUCACGGCCGUUCGUCUUCACCAUCCACUCUCAGCCCGCCUCGUCUCACCCGGUCCAGACUCUGGACGUGGCGGCGGACAGUUUGGAGGAUCUCACAGGCUGGGUCAGCAGAAUCAGAGAGGCUGCGCAGAACGCCGACGCCCGGAUGCAGGAGGAGAAACAGAUGGAGAGGAGAAAGAAGAUCGCCGUGGAGUUGUCUGAUCUGGUGGUUUACUGCAGGCCGGUCCCCUUCAACGAGGACAAGAUCGGGACGGAGCGCGCCUGCUACCGGGACAUGUCCUCUUUCCCGGAGACGAAGGCGGAGAAGUUUGCGACCCGCGCUCGAGGGAAGCGCUUCCUGCAGUACAACCGCCGGCAACUGUCCAGAGUUUAUCCCCGUGGACAGAGGCUGGACUCGUCCAACUACGACCCGCUGCCCAUGUGGCUCUGCGGCUCCCAGCUGGUCGCACUCAACUUCCAAACUCCAGAUAAACCCAUGCAGCUGAACCAGGCCUUGUUUCUGCUCGGAGGCGGCAGCGGCUACGUCCCGCAGCCUGACGUCAUGAGGGACGACACCUUCGACCCCUUUGACAAGGAGUCGCUGCGCGUUGAGCCGAUCACCAUCCAGCUGCAGGUGCUGGGGGCUCGCCACCUGCCCAAGAACGGCCGGAGCAUCGUUUGUCCUUUCGUGGAGGUGGAAAUCUGUGGCGCCGAUUACGACAACUGCAAGUGCAAGACGGACGUCGUAGCUGAUAACGGUCUGAAUCCUGUGUGGGUGCAGAAGCAGUUUGUGUUCGACGUCCACAACCCCACCUUCUCCUUCCUGCGCUUCGUCAUCUACGAGGAGGACAUGUUCAGUGAUCCCAACUUCCUGGCACAAGCAACGUACCCGGUCCGUCUGCUGCGAACGGGCUACAGGAGCGUGCCUCUGAAGAACAGCUACAACGAGGAGCUGGAGUUGGCUUCGCUUUUGGUUCACAUCGAGAUCGUCAACGCGAAGGAGGAAGACGAUGAGAACCUUUACACGUCCAUCCAGCGGCUGCGGGAUCGAACCAGCGAGCUGUCCUCUAGGGUCUCUCUGCUGGAGAGGUCGGGGUCCGCGGACCUGAGCUACCAGCAGAGUCUGGAGGAGCUCCGAGCCGCUCAGGACCAGCUGAGCGAGAUGGUGGAGGCUCGCAACCGCAGGUUGGUGGAGAAGAAGAGGAGGGAGAAACUGAGGCAGCAGGUGGCAGCAAAGCGCAACUAA